AUGCUCAAACGACUGGGAUCGCUGUCCGCUCUGCCUGUAGUCUGGUGUUUCGGCUUUCCCGACUGCCUUAAUGGCCCUCUCGCCAAUACUACUGUCUGUGAUACAUCAGCUUCACCAUCUGUACGAGCGAAUGCCUUGAUCACCAUGUUCACUGUGGACGAGCUCGUGAGUAACUCGAAUGUCGGUGCGCCAGGUGUACCACGACUCGGAGUUCCAGACUAUCAGGCAGCGGAAGAAGGACUUCACGGACUUGCAACCUCCCCAGGAAUAAUAUUUGCAUCAUCUGGAGACUUCAGCUUUGCCACCUCAUUUCCUGCCCCCAUCCAUAUGAGCGCUGCCUUCGAUGACCCUGCCAUUCUCGCAGUCGGCGAUGUGAUUAGCACGGAAGCGAGAGCAUUCAGCAACGCAGGCAGAGCAUCUCUCGACUACUUUACCCCGAACAUUAAUCCCUUCAAAGAUCCACGAUGGGGAAGGGGACAAGAAACUCCGGGAGAAGAUCCAUAUCGCGUUGCUCAAUAUGCUUACAACUUUGUGGAAGGGUUGCAAGGAGGAAUAGACCCACCCAAUAUGAAAAUCGCCGCUGUUUGCAAGCACUUGGCAGGCUAUGAUCUCGAGAAUCCGCCAGGCACAAAUCGUUUUGUCUUCAAUGCUGUUAUUUCUCAGCAAGACCUUGUCUCGUACUACCUCCCCCCUUUCCAGAGCUGCGCUAGAGACGCCAAAGCGGGAGCUAUAAUGUGUGGCUUCAACGCAUUGAACGGUUUGCCAAGUUGCGCUGAUCCGUUCUUGCUACAAACCGUUCUUCGUGACUUUUACGGCUUCAACGAAGAAAGAUGGACGGUCGCUGACUGCGACGCUAUCGAGUUUAUGUUUGACCAAAUGCAUUUUGUCCCAGACUUCACACAUGCAGCUGCCGCGGGAAUGAAUGCUGGUGUAGACCUGGAUUGCGGCACAACAUACGGAGACAACCUUGGUACGGCAAUCAAGAUGUCGUUAGUCAAUGCGUCUACGAUCGCCAGCGCGUUAAAACGCCAAUACGCCUCACUCAUUCGGCAAGUCUUAAUGCAGCUAGAUUCCCGUUUCGUUGACAAUCGACGUAGACUUGGAUAUUUCGACCCUCCCUCUGCCCAACCAUACCGUCAUUUGACUUGGGACGAUGUGAAUACAGCCCAUGCUCAACAAUUGGCAUAUCAAAUUGCUGCUGACGGCCUGGUCCUUCUCAAGAAUGACGGGACCCUUCCCAUCUCCCAAAAUAUCAAGACGCUUGCGCUCAUCGGACCAUGGGCAAGCGCAACGACACAAAUGCAAAGUAACUAUGCUGGGCCUGCUCCCUUUCUGACCAGUCUGCUUGCUGCCGCCGAAGGUCUGGGUCGAUUCACUGUCGUUUCUGAGCCGGGCGCCGGUGUGAACACGAACGACGCAAGCGGAUUUGCGGCUGCUGUCAGCGCAGCAUUGAGUGCCGAUAUUGUGGUGUAUGCUGGUGGUCUCGAUAACAGUUGUGAAGCCGAGGGAUCAGACCGCACCACGGUCACGUGGCCAGGAAAUCAGCUUGACCUCAUCGCGCAGUUGGCCACCAUAGGCAAGCCUCUGGUGAUAUUGCAGUUUGGCGGGGGUCAAGUCGAUGACAUAGAUCUCAAGAAUAAUCCAAACAUCAGCGCAAUCAUAUGGACUGGCUACCCUGGACAGAGCGGCGGAACGGCCGUGUUCGAUAUCUUAACGGGAAAGCUGUCUCCUGCGGGGCGGCUUCCCACCACACAGUAUCCGGCCAAUUAUGUCGACCAGGUCCCAAUGACUGACAUGACGCUACGCCCAAGCAACUCCAAUCCAGGAAGGACAUACAAAUGGUACACGGGCACUCCAACAUACGAGUUCGGAACCGGACUUGGCUAUACGACAUUUGGCCUUAGUUUCUCGCCCGCUAACUCACCUCAGGCUUCUUAUAACAUUCAAGCCCUGAUCGCCCAGGCCCGCAAGGACGAACCGGUCGACCGCUCCUUGUUGGACACGUUUGAGGUCGUGGUAAAGAAUACUGGGACCACAACUUCUGACUUCGUCACUUUGUUGUUCAUGAACACGACUGCAGGAGAAGGACCAUAUCCAAAGAAGGAGUUGGUCUCGUAUACCCGUGCUAAAGGCAUCCAAGCAGCCUGUUUCGUCGUCGUGAUUCGAGUCUUUCAACUUGGUUUGCCCUUUGCGCCUGCAGCACAUUCAAAGAAGCAAUUCCCACUAGCGACAAUAGCUGGACGACCUUUUGAAGCUGGCGACCUUAUCGAUGCUCCAUUUCGCCUCGGUGAUACCAAAUGGCAGUGGAGACUAAGGCUCCCAAUGCCCAAGCAAGUUUUUUCCAACAACGUCAAUGACGAACUUCAUGAUGCGCGGAGGGUGGGGACACACGGUCAAGAGGAAGAUUUGAGGAGUGCGUUGGGGAUGGUCAUCGGGCGAGUUGUAGAAAUGUCUGCACUCCUUCAAGAGGCUUACAAAAGCAAAGCUGAACUUGAGGUGCAACUGAAUGUCGCCAAAUCAAAUUUGCAGCUUGUAAUCGCCAACAACGAGAUGCUGGAGGAGGCCCUACGUUCUGGUGGUGGCAAUGGGCGUGAUGUGGGCUGGCGACGGUCGAGUGGAGCUGGAGUCCGUCAGCAACAACAACAACACCCGACACAGUCACACGACGGUGACCAGAGUCCCAACAGCUCACCAACAGACUCUCAAGGGGCCAAUUCCCGAUUCUUUAAAACAUUCUUCUCUGGAGCCGUUAGCAGCAGCAACACCCGGCCCGGGACACCGACGAACCAAGGGCAAGGUCAUCUGACAUCGCCCAGCCUACCAUCCCUCCACCAUGGGGGCCAUACCGCAGAGGAAGAGGCACUCAGCGCUGCCUUACAGGCCGCAAAAGCCAACGCAGAAAAGUCGAGGAUUGAGGCAGAACGAGCCAAGGUCGAAGCGGAAAAAAUGCGUGGUGAGAAAGCGGCACUGGAAGCAGAGUUGGAGUCGCUGAGCCAGGCGUUAUUUGAGGAGGCAAACAAUAUGGUUGCUAGCGAGCGCAAACGGAGGGCGGAAGCGGAGGGGCAAUUAGAAAAACUCAAGCCAUUGGUCGAGGAUGCUCGAGAAAUCGGCGAAGAGUUGAAGGAGGUUAGAAUGGAGAGAGAAGCGCUGAAGAGCGCGUUAAGGAUUGUCGAGGGCGAAAACGAGAGUUUAAGGAGUGCUUCCCGAUUGAGCUACCAUGGCAGCAAUCCCGGCAGCAUCGAUUUAGAGCACGACGAAGCGGAACCCGGCGGCAGCCCACCAAGUAGGGGAAUGACCAGGUCACGAUCAAGCUCUCAAGUUGGAACCAAGAGUCCCAUUCGAUUAUCACCUAGUGGAUCACCUCAUAUCCAGUCUUUCUCAGGAUCACCUCCGAUGUCUGGCUCACCUCGACCCCUACCCCUUGCUCAAGAAGAAAAUAACACUUUGGAGGAUGAAGAGCCAAUUGUGUUCGCACCAACUGGAUUGAGAGCACCUGACGUACAGUCAGACGACGGUGGAACUCCGAGACGGCCAGUUCUACCUCUGAACACCCAGACCAAUCACGAUGAACAGUAUGACUACGAGUACGAACAUGUUUCGCGGACAACAAAUAGCUCUCCCUCGUUUUCACCCCCACCUACCGCGACAGUACCCUCAGUACUGGACCCAUGGCGUAUCUAA